AUAUGGUAUAAAAACCAGUUUAGUAUUUAGCAAAAUUAAUAUUUAAAAUAUAAAUGUGGUAAUUUAAUGAUAAACGUGUACUCAAUACGUUCAUACAGUAAUUGUCACAUCAAUUAAUUUCUGCGCAAUAUUAGUUAGGGUUAAUAUUUUAAAAUUAUGGAUACAAUUUCAACCCCGCGAGCAGAAGGGCCCCCGGAAAAUACACUGGAAAUGCUGGGCUGCUCUCAUUAUAAGAGAAAAUCGAAAUUCGUGACCCCUUGUUGCGACAAAGUUUAUACGUGCAGGUUCUGCCACGAUGAAAACGAAAACCACACGUUAAAUAGAAAGGAAGUAGUCGAAUUAAUUUGUGCCGUUUGUGAUAAAAGACAGAAAGUUCAGAGCAACUGCGAAAAUUGCGGCGUACUAUUCGGAAGGUACAAUUGCCUAGAAUGUAAUUUAUUCGAUGACGUCGAUAAGAACCAAUUCCACUGCAAAGGUUGCGGCAUAUGCAGGAUCGGUGGGGCCCUGAAGUUCUUUCACUGCGAAAAGUGCAACAUGUGUCUGCCCGUCCAGCUGGAAGCCGGACAUAAAUGUGUGGAGAACGUAUCGAGAAGUAACUGCCCCAUUUGUUUGGAAGAUAUCCACACCUCUCGAAUCCCUUGUCACGUACCACCUUGCGGACAUCUCUUGCAUCGGCCUUGCUACGAAGGUUUGCUCUCCAACGGCUUGUUCGCUUGCCCCAUUUGCCAACAUUCCUUAAUGAAUAUGGAGAAAUUUUGGAAGUACUGGGAUAAUGAAAUCGAAAAUACUCCCAUGCCGGCCGAAUACAGACAUUGCUACGUUGGUAUUCUUUGUAAAGAUUGCCAUCAGGAAAGUACUGUAAAAUUCCAUGUAGUAGGAUUUAAAUGUCAACAUUGUGGUUCGUACAACACUUGUAGAAAUAAAGGACCCGUGACUGUAAGAGGCUCAAUCCGGACGCUCAUAAGAUACAUUGUCCAAUUUUGCAACUUCUUGAUUUAUAUGACUAGACAGGUUUAUUCGUAUAUACCAUUCUUGUCCUUAAUGAUUGGUCGAGGUGAUGAUGCUGGUAACCAUAACGCCGAAGAACAGGAUGAUCAAUCGCACAAUUUCGAGGAAGAGCAGCUGGAAGACUGAAUGAUAAAAUUUCGGUUUUUUUUUUCAAAUUCGUACCGUUGGAAAGUGUGAAAUAUUUAGUGAUCGUUGAUUCUUAAUGGCUGAAUAUUCGAAGUUGUAAACAUAAGAUAUUUGUUAGAAGAUUUUAUUAACUUUGUGAUAAAUUAUUCGAAUAGCGCACAUUUAGACAUGCUUUUAGGUGAAGCUUCAUCGAUGUUUAUGCUUUUUUAUUAUUACGUUUGUACGGGGUGUUAUGUAAAUUUUGUAGUAAUAUUGAAUAAAUUUAUAGUACCUUGA